AUGGCUGACGUUUCUACCCACCCUCUGGCUUCCACGCCAAACGAUUACAUUGAAAGUCUUUCGGCUGAACAAAUUGAACAUGACCAAAGAAUUGGUAUCAAGGCCAUCAGGUUGUUCUUGCAGAGCAAAACGUCCUAUGAUGUUUUACCCGUGUCUUACCGUUUGAUUGUUUUGGACACGUCGUUGUUGGUGAAGAAGUCUUUGAACAUUUUGCUACAAAACAACAUUGUGAGUGCUCCGUUGUGGAGUAACAAGACCUCCCGUUUUGCUGGUUUGUUGACCUCGAGUGACUUUAUCAACGUUAUCCAGUACUACUUCCAGUUUCCCGAGAAGUUUGAGUUUGUUGACCAGUUGACUCUUGACGGGUUGAGGGACAUUGAAAAAGACAUUGGCGUGGCCCCUAUUGAAACUGUUUACAUUCAUCCUUUCAAGUCGCUCUACGAGGCGUGUGUGAAGAUGUUGGAGUCGAAAGCCAGAAGAAUUCCGUUGAUUGACGAGGACGAGAAGACUCACCGUGAAAUUGUCGUUUCCGUGUUGACCCAGUACAGAAUCUUGAAGUUUGUGGCGUUAAACUGUAAGGAGACCAAGAUGUUGUUGAAGCCUAUUCGUGACAUCUCAGGCUUGAACCAGCCUAAGGAUAUCAGCACUUGUACCAUGAGCACGCCGGUUAUUGAGGUGAUUCAUCUUUUGGCCCACAAGUCUGUGUCUUCGAUUCCAAUUGUGGAUGAACAAGGCAAGUUGGUCAAUGUCUACGAAGCCGUGGACGUGUUGGCUUUAGUCAAGGCGGGCAUGUACACUGAUUUGGACUUGAGCGUAGGUGAGGCCUUGCUUAGGAGACCAGAAGACUUCGAAGGUGUACACACAUGCACGCAGAACGACAGACUUAGCACGAUCAUGGAUACCAUCAGAAAGCUGAGACUCCAUAGAUUGUUUGUGGUUGACGACGAGGGCAAGUUGGUGAGUGUGAUUACGUUGAGCGAUAUCUUGAACUACUUGCUUUUCGGAGAGGAUUAA